CUGGACUCCCAGUCCGACAGCCAAAUAUAUCCUCUCUCUUUCAUUUUCCUUCUCCUUUCCUUCUUCCUCACCCAGUCACCCUCGAAACUGCCAACGCACUAUAACACUUCUGGGAGAAGAUAUUUUCCCAGCUAUCUAGGGUUUGUUCUGAACAGAAGGCUGUAGGAGAACGCGGAGGAUGAAGAUCCAGUGCAACGUGUGUCAAGUGGCGGAGGCGAACGUACUGUGCUGCGCCGACGAGGCGGCGCUGUGCUGGUCCUGCGAUGAGAAGGUUCACGCCGCCAAUAAGCUCGCCUCUAAGCACCAGAGAGUCCCGCUCUCCGAUUCGUCUUCUUCCAUGCCCAAGUGCGACAUCUGCCAGGAAAGUGUAGGGUACUUUUUCUGUCUUGAGGAUCGAGCUCUGCUCUGCAGGAAGUGUGAUGUUGCUGUGCACACCACUAAUGCACACGUCUCAGCUCACCAGAGGUUCCUGCUCACUGGAGUGAAAGUUGGACUUGAACCUACUGAACCUGCUCCAUCUCUAUCCUCAGGGAAGUCACAGUCAGCAGGGGAGAAAAUCUCAGAUCAGGAGCAUCAAACUGUUUCUAGAAGAAACGCCCCGAUUACAUCUCAUCAUAAAGUAUUACCCAUGCAAACAACUGGGUUCGAAAAUUUUGGACCUCCUAAGCCACCAUCUGCUGGUGGUUCUACAGCUGGAAGUAUUCCACAGUGGCAGCUUGAUGAAUUUCUUGGAUUAAAUGAAUUUGGUCAGAAUUAUGGUUUUAUGGACAGCACCUCAUCUAAGGCAGACAACGGGAAGUUUGGAGACCCUGACAGCUCUCCCCCUACUACUAGUUUCAUGAUCAAUGAGGAAGAGCUGGACGAUAGUGAUGAGUGCUUGGGUCAGUUCAUGGAGGCAUCUUGGGCAGUUCCACAAAUUCCUUCCCCUCCCACAGCCUCAGGACUACAUUGGCCUAAAACUAACCAAAACCCCUUUGACUCUGCGGCCUUCGUUCCCGACAUAUGUUACUCUCCCUUUCAGAAUUUUGAAAACCAACAGCCGAAUGGUAGUAGAAUGAAACGGAGACGACACUGCUAAGAAAAUGUAUUCCCCAACUACUACAUUGCUCGUUCACGAAUAGCAAAUUCGGUCAUUCUUAAUCUCUUAUAUUAAGCACUUGUGUUUUUUAUGGUCUAUCUUUUUCUUCUUCCAGAGCAUGCUUAUUCCUAUAGUUUUGCAUUUCUCCUGCAUGAAUCUGAUGGAUCCACCUUUGCUAAUGGUGCAAAGAGACCGGUUCUAUAUAGAAGAC